AUGGGCAUCUCGACAUACUUCAAGGCUAAAAAGCCUGAAGACAAGAAACGGCCUACACCAGAAGCAUCGGCACCAGCAGCCCCCGUGGUGGCAGAGCAUAGCAAUGCAGGGCAUCCCGCCCCAGAAGGCCUGGGGCUCCAGGCUCCGACGCCGCAUUUCGGCUCUUCACGAAACUCGAUAUCAGGAAGGUCGGCGCGCUCGGCUGCCAGCUCCGUAUUCCUCGACGAUAUCAAGCACGAGGUCAUGGUCAACUACCUCUACCAGCAACAGUGUGCGCAUCUCUGGGUGAGCGACGGUAGUGGUGAAGUUGAGGGUGUGCUUCUGCGCAAGUCAAGAGGACAGUACAUGGCCUGUCCGGCACAGUUGGGCAACUCCCCUUUCGCCAUGGCGUGCGCCGCUCUCAAUGUCCAAUGCGCUAUGACAGUGAACUCGAGAGUAAUCAAGACUUUCUUGUCGUGGUCCCCAGAUGCAGUAGACGUCCCGUUGAUGAACGGCCUGAGAGUCCAGAUCCUGCCGACGGUAGACGACCUCCCGAGAGCAAGGAAACACCAGUUCGCGGCGUUCAUUGCCGCUGAGGCACUGCUGGUUGUGUGGGACGACGAUGCGCUCCAUCUGAUGCAGAGAGCCAAGGCAAUCGAGUCCGAGCUGAUGGAACUGGUCUGGCAGAGCGACCAGAACGACGACGACGAUGAGAAGAGGGCGAGCCCCGUGUCAGUCAAUGAGUACGAAAUUGACGAGGAGAGCGGCCAGAUCAAGCCCGAGGCGCGGCCUGUUCACUUGCAGAACACCUAUCUCGUCUCCAUCACCAUGGUCUUGGUCGUGGUGUCUCUAGGGGCCGCCUUCCGUCAACUGGCCAUCGAGGUUUCGGUUGACGGAAGCUACCUGCGGCUUGCGCUGGUCGCCCUCUUCCCCAUCCAGAUCUUCUUCACGCUCUUCUUCGCGCAGGUCAUCGUGGGCUGCCUGGCGCAGAUCUUCGGGCCCAUCCGCCAGCUCAGCAUGAACUCCAAGUUCUACUCGGCGCGGCCGCCGCCCCGGCUCCAGUCCGGGAUGCUGCCCCACGUCACGGUCCAGUGCCCGGUCUACAAGGAGGGCCUCGGCGCCGUCAUCGCCCCCACCGUCCGGUCCAUCAAGCAGGCCAUCAGCACCUACGAGCUGCAGGGCGGCUCGGCCAACAUGUUCAUGAACGACGACGGCCUACAGCUCAUCUCGGAGGAGGACCGCCGCGCGCGGAUCGAGUUCUACGCCGACCACAGCAUCGGCUGGGUCGCGCGGCCCAAACACGGCGAGAACGGCUUCCUGCGUCGCGGCAAGUUCAAGAAGGCGUCCAACAUGAACUUUGCCCUCAUGAUCUCCUGCAAGGUCGAGGACAAGCUUGCCCAGUGCCAUCGUGGCCCGGAGUGGACUCAGAACGACGAGGCCCUGGCUUAUGAGAAGGCCCUCAAGGAAGUCCUCGAGGAAGACGGCCGAGCCUGGGCAGACGGCAAUGUCCGUGUCGGAGACUACAUCCUGAUCAUCGAUUCCGAUACCCGGGUCCCUGCCGACUGUCUCCUGGAUGCCGUGUCCGAGAUGGAGCAAUCGCCCGACGUCGGCAUCAUGCAGUUCUCGUCCGGCGUCAUGCAGGUGGUGCACACGUACUUCGAGAACGGCAUCACCUUCUUCACCAACCUGAUCUACAGCGCGAUCCGGUACACGGUGUCCAACGGGGACGUGGCGCCGUUCGUCGGGCACAACGCCAUGCUGCGGUGGAGCGCGAUCCAGGAGGUCGGCUACGAGGACGAGGACGGGUACGAGAAGUUCUGGUCCGAGAGCCACGUGUCCGAGGACUUUGACAUGUCGCUGCGGCUGCAGUGCAGCGGCUACAUCAUCCGGCUGGCCGCCUGGGCCGGCGACGGCUUCAAGGAGGGCGUCUCGCUGACCGUCUACGACGAGCUGGCGCGCUGGGAGAAGUACGCCUACGGCUGCAACGAGCUGCUGUUCCACCCGAUCCGCACGUGGCUGUGGCGGGGCCCUUUCACGCCGCUGUUCCGGCGCUUCCUCUUCUCCAACAUCCGCUUCACGUCCAAGAUCACCGUCAUCUCGUACAUCGGGACGUACUACGCCAUCGGGGCGGCGUGGAUCAUGACGUCGGCCAACUACUUCAUCAUGGGCUGGUUCAACGGCUACCUGGACAAGUACUACGUCGACUCGUGGCAGGUGUGGUUCUCCAUCAUCAUCGUCUUCAACGGGCUCGGCAACGUCGCCCUCGCCGUCAUGCGCUACCGCGUCGGCGAGCGCGGUCUGCUGUACGCCCUGUACGAGAACUUCAAGUGGACCAUCAUGUUCGCCAUCUUCCUGGGCGGCCUGAGCCUGCACGUCUCGCAGGCCCUGCUCACCCACAUGUUCGAGAUCGAUAUGACCUGGGGCGCCACGUCCAAGGAGGCCGAAUUCUCCAACUUCUUCAUCGAGGUCCCCAAAGUCUUGAAGAGCUUCAAGUUCUCGAUGCUGUUCUCGCUUGUCUUCAUCGCCGGCAUGGUCAUCAUGGCCGUGGCACCCUUCGUGCCCUACGACUGGCGCAUCACCGACUUCGUCGCCAUCCUGCCCAUGGCUACGGUCGCCACGUCGCACUUCUUGUUACCGCUGGCGCUCAACCCUGCGCUCAUGACUUUCUCCUGGUAG